AUGGCUUACAAUCACAAUGCAUCUUAUCUUUCUCUCCCACCACCGCUUUUCCUAGUAUAUGAUCCAAUCUCAUAUAUGCUACGCUUCUAGCUCCAUUCUGCACAAUUCUAUCUUAUCAUCUUUGUUAUUACCUCUUUCCAAAGUCCAAAUUUUCUAGUUCCACCAAACCAAACCAAACCAAAAUGGCAGCAGCUUCAGCCUCAUCCAUGAUAUCAACACCAGCCUUAUCUCCAACCAUCCAAAAGCACCAUCAUUUGAAGCCAUCCAACGUGUGCUUCCAAGGUCUUAGACCCCUCGCAAGGUUCACCAAAGCCUCAUCAACCAAAGUGAGCACCACCACCAAAAGGGUUAUUCCAAAGGGUGGUGUUAGAGCUGAACUCAACUCAGCCCUUGUGAUAAGCCUCAGCACUGGCCUCUCCCUCUUCUUGGGAAGGUUUGUGUUCUUCAACUUCCAAAGGGAGAACGUGGCAAAGCAAGUGCCUGAGCAGAACGGCCUGACACACUUUGAGGCUGGUGAUACACGUGCCAAGGAGUAUGUCAGCCUCCUCAAAUCCAAUGACCCUGUUGGAUUCAACAUUGUUGAUGUCUUGGCUUGGGGCUCCAUUGGCCAUGUUGUUGCUUACUACAUCUUGGCCACCACUAGCAAUGGCUAUGACCCUGCAUUCUUUGGCUGAUUUAAUUUCAUCAUCAUGUUGUUCCAACUGUGUUUCUUGCUUACUUUUUAGUAUGUAAUGUAAUCAAUGUCAUGAUGUAUAGGUUCUCUCUAAAGAUCCAACAAGUUCAGCAUAUGCUAAUUUGAUCACUAUUUUCGGCUGCAAUUUGGUUUGCUAUUAUGAUUAAUGGAAAAUGGGACUUCUCUACGUAUUGAAUUUGGAUUCUCUUUAUCAUGUUCCGCUGUGUUUGUUGCUUUAUAUUUUUUUUCUUGCUAGUUUGUAAUGCGAUGUAUAGGUUCUCUCUUGUUCAAGCAAGUCCAGCAUAUGCUAAUUUGGUCACUCUUUUGGGCUGCUAUUUGGUUUGCUAUUGUGAUUAAUGGAAAAUGGGACUUCUCUCUCUCUGUA